AUGUCCAUGCCGCGCCGGACGUGUCUGCGCCGCCGGCCUCAACCAAUCCGCCGCUGCCACGUCACCCCCUCUCUCUUCCCCGCCACCGCAGCGCACCGGGCCCAGAUCCGGCCCGCCACCGGGCCGAACCGGGCUGCGCCCAUCCGCGCCGCCACCCGUGCACCCUGCCGCCUUCGGCGGAGAUCCCCGCUGCCGCGCCGCCCGCCUUCACCUCCGGCCAUCGCCGCCGACGCGCCCCGCCGCCUGCUGCACGCUGCUGCCUGCGCCGAACGCCGCCGCGUCGCCGCGCCACCACUGCACCGCCCCGCGCCGUUCGCUCCGCCCCGCCACCGCGCGCGCCGGCUCCGGCGACCUUGCACCUUGCCGGCUGCGCCUCAACUCGCCCGGCCGCCGCAGCUCCACCGCCCGGGGCCGGAGCUCUCCUCGUCGGCCGUCACCUCCCGGUCGCGCUCCCUCCUCCGCCCCCUCCCCCCGUCCUCUCCGGCCGCCUCCUCGCGUCGUCCGGCCUCCUCCACGCCAACUCCGGCGAGUUUCUCUGGCGAUCGUCGCAGAGCGUGCAAACCCUAG